AUGAUAGCCGCGGCCGGCGCAGCCAUGUUGUCAGAUAGGCCGGACUUCCAUGGCAUGUUGCGGAUUGACGACGACGUUCCUCUGUCGAGACCCGGAACCUCUCUCUCAAAUGCCCCCACCCUAACCUCCAUUUCUCAUGCCUCAGAGAAACCUACUUCGAUCCCCGAGAGCACGAGCUAUUCCGCAACAACUGAAGAAAAGCUCAAUGACUGUAUCACUGUGCCAUUCGAUCCCGAGCCCCAUAUCGAGCACAUAUGCGGGCCCGGGGCUGACCCAGGCUUCGAUCAGUCCAUCAUCGCCCUUGGCCAUAUUGCUAGUCAGAAGCCAAAGCCCUUGAUUGAUUUGAUGAUGCUUUGGAGGAAGAGCAAGAGCGAUCUCGCGAAUGAAGCCAGAUCGCAUGUUCAACAGUCCAAAACUAAUCUGCCACCCAGCCCGCUACAACGGCGCAACACUGAGCCCGUCCAACCUCACCAGCCCUCUUCUUCAAUAGAUGCGGGCCACUUACCUUUUCUUAACUCUCCCACCUCGCGCCAGGAAUAUGUUGCACAGGCUGAGCGUCGCUCUACAGUCUCAAUCUAUAUUCUUUGCAGAGUGUUGAUUGAAAUCAUCAGCCAGAGUAAUCUCGCCUGCAUAACCCCGGAGAUGGAGGAGAAGCUCGAAGGCAUUAUUUUCGGCCAGCUCAAGAUAGCAGAUACAGAACAACUGAUGAUGUCGCCGCUCAAGCUCGCAAACUGGAAUCUUUUUGCCCAACUUCUCGGCACCAUGAGCGAGAUCAGUUUUCCCACCGUCACGAAGCGAUUCCUCUCCGAUAUUGAGCACUCAUUACAGGAACUUGCUAUCAAGGGUCCAUCCUCGGCUGCGGGCCGUGACACAGAGGGGAAGAUGGAGCUUGUUCUCGGUGGUAUGAAACAAUUGCGGAUCAAGGUCGCACCGACUGAAGCGUGGGAGCAAUCAUGCGAUUUUCUUAUUGCGCUUGGGCGGUUAUUCAACAAGUCCCAUGGCCAGCGGGCCAAAACCGCAUUCUGCCAGGUUCUCGAUAUGCUUUUAAUAGCAGUGGCGGCCAAAGCAUCUUCUGGUGACUUUUCCCACCCCAAGUGGGCCGAAGUUAGGAGCUCUAUCGGACCGCGCCUCGCGCAGAUGUUUGUAAAGCCACGCCACUGGGGGUUCGCCUUCCCACUUACUGCCACCCUCCUAUGCGUCUCAACUCCUGACACGUUCAACUCACAAUGGCUUCAGCUGGUUCUUCCUCUUCAGCCCAAACUAAAGGACCGAUACACCAGGUCUCUCAGUCUACAGGUUGUCUCGAGAUUACUCUGGACAUUCCUCUACAGGGCUGGCGAUUCGAGCCCAAGCACGGUGAGGAAGCUAGACGAGGUUAUAAAACUAGUCCUUCCCCAGACCAAACGCUCUCUUAUUGCCUCCGAGAUUAGCGUCGCGGAGCCCUUGAUACAAGUCAUUCGGAUCAUCGGUUACAAGCAUCCCGAAUAUUGCUUCAAGAGCAUAAUCUUUCCUCUGAUUAAUGCCGAACUGUUCAAAUCUAACAAAGAACUCCGAGUUGAACAACUUGACCCGGAUAGAAUCGUGAUCGGUAUACGGGCGUUCUUGGCCAUCAUCUCCGAUCUUGAAAAGGAGGACGGGGUGUCUCGACCUGUCCUGAUCAACGCUUUGAGUGACACUGUCAAGGAGUAUUACCUCAAAUUCUGCGAAAUCCUCGGCACCAUCACCAUAAUCUGUGACAACACCUUUGGUGGGCAGGCUGCCCUAGACGAGAAGUUCAGCAGCCCCGGCCCCAAGACACCCAUCGCGGAUACCUUCAACUUUUCACGUCGCGACGACCAUCAAGCCCCGUCUGACCAGAAGCAAGCAUUUUACGAGCUCCUCCACGUCGCCGUCCAGGCGCUACCCAGAUGUCUUUCUGUAGACAUACCCUUCAACUCCAUCAUUAACCUCCUUUGCACUGGCACAGCGCACGUGCAGUCUAAUAUUGCGGAGUCUUCUGCACAAUCCCUAAAAGCUAUCGCGCGGCAAUCCCACUCUCAACAGGUAACCAUGGGGUUUUCACGGUUCAUCUUCAACUUCGAUGACAGGUACUCGACCAUGUCCGAUGGCGGCAUGCUAGGCCCGGGCCACAUAGAUGUCUGGGCCGAGGUGGACUAUGUUGAAGCUCACGGGCUAUUUUUCCUUUGCUCCCAGUCCCGCAGGGUGAGGCAUUUCGCUGUAACCGUCUUGCGCCUGAUCACUGAGUUUGAUACGGCGCUGGGUAAAACUCAAGGUCAAGCAAAGGACACACUGCGCCUCAUUGACAUUCUUGAGAAUGACGCGGAUCAGGUCAUCAGCCUUAAACAUGAGCAGCUUUCGGUUGCGGAGAGGAGUCGUCUUCAGCGCGGCCUGCUGAAUAACACUAGCGGCCAUAAUAAGGGUGCUCUAGUUGAACUUUGCACCAGCGACGUCUCAUAUGACUCUACUCUCUGGUUCAAGAUCCUCCCCAACCUGAUGCGAGUGGCUUUUGACAAAUGCCCCUUCACGCCGGAGGUCGUGAUCGAGCAAUGGAAAUUAUACCUCAUCUUUGCCUGCACCACGCUCGCAGAUCCCGGAAGUGCGCCACUAACAACACCCACGACUCACCAGCAUGGCCGAAAGGGAUCUUCCAAGUCUAAUUUGGCGGAUAAAAUUGUCUCGGCGAGGACUCUUUUCAAGUAUCUCAUCCCAAUGUUAUCAGCUACCUCGGCUUCCGUCAGGGAGGCGGUUGUUGUCGCGAUGGGGUCUAUCAACAUCCACAUCUACCGCACCCUGCUGGAGGAGCUCCAAACGCAAGUUUCCCAAUGCAACAACGAAGCCCGGGCCCGCAUCCACCAGCGUUCAAACAGCAAUCCGCGAAGGAAUCGGAAAAUGGAUUUGCUUCGAACGGAAAUCACGCAUGUCUACAAGCUCACCUCGCACUUUUUGAAGGAACCCGAGAUUUAUCAGGAUGAGUGGAUUCUGAGCAACCUAGUCAACUACACCAAAGACCUGAAACUGUUCCUCAUGGACGGAGAGGUUCAGACGGACUGGGAAUUCCAGAAACUGCGACGUCACUAUUGCGGCUUGACGGAAGAGCUCUUUGAAGGAAUCAACCGGACCAAGGACCCGUCAAGGUGGAUGUCUUUCGAGUCGCGAAAAUCAGCCUUCUCGCUCAUGGAAGAUUGGUGUGGCUUCUCACCAAAUCAGACUCAGAUUCGGGCCCGAGAAGACACUAUGCGGCAGUCGCUUAUUGAUCAACAAUCGCUAGGAGAACGAGGAACCGUCACGGCAGCCAUGGAAAUUGAAAAGCGCAACUUGAGGACUACUGCCCUGAGCGCCAUGGCUGCUCUCUGUGGCGGACCUAUUUCCAUUACGACGGAGAGCGGUGUCAUACUUCAGUUCGACCCACGAAGACUCCUGACCUGGAUCGAGGCUAUUUUCAAUUCGGGAAGUGACAGGAUGAAUAUAACCGGCAGACGUGCCCUUCACAAUCUCAUCAUCCACAACAGCGAAUACCCGUACCUGCUCGAGCAUUGCAUAGCUAGGUGCUACCUUGCAGAAGUCCCCAAAGUGCUCGAGAGCUACUUCUCCGUGGUGUCUCAAGUACUCCUUGAGCAUGCCGAUUACCCGACUGCUUUUUGGAAAGUCUUGAGUCUUUGUCUCUUCACUUUAGGAAAUGACCAAAGUGAAAUUCGAUCAAGGUCAGCUCACGUACUCAGGGCUCUCGAUGAGCGCCAGCAGAUUGGCCGAAGGUCCAAGAUCCAAGACUUUGACAUCAGCAUCUCGGAUAAGACCAAAGCCGUCUAUAAACUCGCCCAGUUUGAGAUUUCGAAACGUUUGUCAAAGCAGCACACUGACCUGGCCUUCCACGUCUUCUCCGAGUUCACAUUAUACUUCAAGGACCUUCAGCCGGCCUCCCAACAAAACAUGGUUGCGGUAAUCUUGCCCUGGAUACAAGCUAUUGCACUUACACUUGACCCUAACGGCGGACCUACCGCGCCCUCCUAUGUUUUGCUCGCCAACCUAGUCGAAAUCACGAUCAAGGCGAGCGGUACCCUGCACAACGAAGUCCAAGCUCUUUGGCAAGCUCUCGUCACUGGCCCCCAUCCAUUGAACGUGAGAAUAGUGAUGGACUUCAUCAUCUCCCUAUGUCUCGAACGCCGCGAACAGAAUUUCGUCGAGUACGCUAAGCAGAUUGUCGUCUUCUUAUCCAGCACUCCUGGUAUGAAGGUGAUUGACUUCUUGAUGGUGCAGAUCACUCCAAAGGCCAUGGUGCCGAAUGAAAAACAGGUUCUUCCCGCGCCGCCCGACGUUAGUAACCUGCCUUACUGUGCCGAUCUAACGGAAGCACUCCCCAUCGGGACCAAGCAAGCCGGCUUUUCUCUUGGACAACUAUCGUUGAUCCUCCUUGUGGAUUUGAUGGUGUCGCCUGUACAUCUGUCUUCCGACCACUUGCCUGUGCUCCUCCAAGUGGUGACGGUCCUAUGGGAUCACUAUACUCCGCUCGUGCAGGAACAGGCGCGAGAGAUGCUUAUCCACCUGAUCCACGAACUCGUGAUCUCCAAGCUAGCGGAUCAAACCCCAGCAACCGCGAAGAAGUCAAUUGAGGAUUUGAUAGACUCGAUCCGUCGGCACGAUCGGGCGGUAGUGUGGAGCUAUGAGGACAGUAAUGGAAAAGCCGAUGAUCGCGAGAACCACGUACCACCCAGCAUGGAGAACCUCACUACAGAGGUCGUCAAAACCUUUGAGCUCACCUUUCCCGCCGAUGCUGGGGGCAUGCUUGUUCGGCUCUCCAACACUAUAGCGGAUGAAGACCCCGAGAUUCAGACUUUCUCCAUGGAGAUCCUGACGACCCUCAAAACGCUCAUUGUCAAGCUCGACGCCGACAAGCUAGCAACAUUCCCACAGCUGUUCUGGACAACUUGUGCCUGCCUCGAAUCCAUCAAUGAGCUCGAGUUCCUCGAGGCCGUGGAGAUGCUCAAUGAAUACCUUGCCAAGCUUGACUUUAGGUCUGAUGGCGUGCGACUUAGGCUCAUGGAGGGUCAGCCUUCCCGAUGGGACGGUUCGUUUGACGGCCUCCAGCCGCUCCUGCACAAGGGUAUGAGGUCGUCGCUUUGCAUGGAGCCAACGUUGCGGACAAUCGAUAAACUGGCGCCUCUGCCGAGCGAUAGCCUCGUGGGCGAUGACUCGCGCGUUUUCUUCGCCAUCCUUUCUCAUCUUCCCGGCUUCCUACACGCGCUUGAUCUUAAUCGGCAGGACGAGGAGACUUUGCGGUCUGCGCGCAUACUCGCGGAAGCGGCGGAGUGCGAGGGAUACUCCAGUGUUUCCCACGUGCUAAACGAAUACGUGGGGUCCAGGUACCGAUCAAGCAAAGAGCUCCUCGGUCAUAUGCUCAGCGCGCUCAAGGAUUAUUUCCUUCCGCGGCUCGACUUCGAAAUGGUUACCUUCUGCAUGGGGCUCCUUACCAACUCGACUUCAUGGGUUAAGAUCAAGACGAUGCAGAUUCUCUGCGUCGUUAUCCCCGAGAUGGACAUGCGCAAGCCUGAACUUGCGGGCCAUGGGUCGGAUCUGAUUUCCCCCUUGCUCCGGCUACUCCAAACGGAGUUCUGCAUGGAGGCCCUAGAGGUUCUAGAUAACAUAAUGACCAUGUCGGGAAGCUCCAUGGAUAAGCACCAUCUUCGAAUGAGCAUGACGCGGGCCACUUCGAAAGCUAUCCGAAAGGAGUACGAGCGCACGCAAAGCCUUUCGGUGCGAGAGUUCAGGAGGGGCUACGGCCGAGCCCUCCCCACCCCCGAGGUCGAAUUCCAUUCGGACGACUUCGAUUACGGCUACUUGCCUCCAAACGAUCGGACCGAAACCAUGAUGUCAGACGACCUUCGCGCCGAGAGCACCAUGGGCGAUCUGGUCAGCAAACUCGACAGUCUCGACGACUUCUUUGACGAUCUAUCGCAAAGCGCACCCAGCGAGGGCCGUUCCUCAAGAACAAUCACCGAGUACGACCCCGACCUCUCGCAGUCCAGUGUUCAAGUCUACGACGAUCAAAUUGUGCCCAUUCUUCACCAGGCCUCCAACAACCCCUCGUUCCAAAACGGAUUCGCCGAACGGGCUCCAGCCAUGUCCCGCGAGGCCAGCAGCAACACCAUGAACCCCGGCGCAUUUAUCGCUUCAUCAGCCAGUCACCGACAGGGUCUGCCGUCCAGAGCGGGACUUUCCCCAUCCACGCCGUCUCAAGCUCAAAUAUUUCCAGGAGACCUCACCUCAGACGAUGAGUUCAACGAAGAUGUUUUGUCCGACGCAGACGAUGAGCAGCCUGGGAUGCCCGGGGAUGAAAGCUCCUUCUUCCUCGAAAACAUGAUCCGGCCUUUUGCGCAAUCAUCGAGGCCCACGGCGCGGAGGCUUACGGGGGAGAACCCGAGAUUUGGACCGGUUCAGAAUGGAACGGUCAGGACCUUCCCAGCCCAUACCCAAGCUACCGUCUAG